GUGUGUGAUUAUUGCGAAGUUCUGCGGUAAAGCGCAAAGUAAAAUUCCCAUUUGCAUCUAGUCGCUAAUUUAAUUUGUCAAUUAAAAGUCAAAGAGUCUUCAUAGUCUCCAGUUGAAAAAACCAACCCAAGAAUUAGCGUUGUAAGCAGUAAGUCGAACUUAAUUCAUGCUAUAUAAGCAGACUUUAAUCGUAAUGUGGAAGAGGCAUCGGUUUCAUUCACGCAGCCCAUAACCUUGUUGUACUCCACUUCCGCAUGAUUUGAUAAAAAGCAAUAAAUUAACCGCUUUUGUGUGUUUUGUGGGUACACAAAAUCCCGUGACUCGAGUUCCGAGUUUUUCGCAUCUAUCACAACACUGUAACAGAAUGAGGUUCGGACCCGCCAGGAUUUGGUUCAGAAGACUCUGUUUUAUUUUUUCCUGUGUUGCGAUCAUCGAUUUGUUGAUGAUUUGGAACAGUUCCUUGACUGACGGUUUGUCACCGGUGGAGGGUUGGGACGAAGGUGUGUCGAGAAAUGUGAGCGACUACGUUAACGAACUGUUCAAGCCUCGCAUCCUGCCAGAAAGCUUUUGUCAGGACGAAAAAAUUUUGAUGGUCAUGGUGUGCUCUAGACCUGAUGGGUUUGAGAUUCGGAGGGCCAUUAGAGACACGUGGGGCCAAAAACACACCAACGCCUCGGUGUUUUUCCUCGUCGGAGAAGUCAAAAGUCGCCGCCUCCAGAACAAACUUGAAGCUGAAAGUGAGGAAUUUGCCGACAUCAUUCAAGAGCGUUUCGUGGACACUUACAACAACCUGACUUUAAAGUCCGUGCAUAUGUUGAAAGUGUUCAAGAUAUAUUGCGCCGAUACUUAUAAGUACCUGAUGAAAGUCGACGACGAUCUUUAUUUUAAUCUUGACGCGACUGUGACACACCUUCAACAUCGCCCUUACCAACGCAAUGCACUUAUAGGUAGAGUGAGAAGCCAAACAGCUCCCUAUCGAGGAUCCAGUUCAAAGUGGUACAUGCCGUACAAGUGGUACCCUGAUAGUAUAUACCCUGAUUUUUUGUGCGGACCGGGUUACCUAAUGUCUGCCGAUGUUGUUGACAAGUUGUUCAAAUGUUCGUUGGAAGUACCGUUGCUGCACACUGAAGAUGUGUACUUGACGGGGAUUUGUUCAAAAUACAUGGGGAUAAAACUCACAAAUAAUUAUAGAUUUACGUGCAACAAGAACGACAGUCACGUUUGCCUGGAUUCGAAAGCAUGGACGCGUCAUUAUUACACGGCGGCCACCAUUCGAGAGACUUAUUUCAUUUUGAAGAAUAAUGGAUGCGAAAAACUCAAAAGAUACAGUGUCCUAAUGGCAUGGAUUUUUUUUCUUCGACAUUUUUAGAUGAACCACAUUUUUUAAAGCAAUUAAUUGUAAAAAAAUGACAACUUAUUACGAAUGUAAAUUAAAUCCUUUUUUUUCGAAACUGGUUAUAAUCAUUUCGACAAACAAAGGGUUUUAAUUCCUGAUUAAUACAAACUGAUAAUGAAUCUAACAAUAAUAACAAUUUACCUUGUUAUUUUUAAUAUCGAAAGCUUGUCAUUUACUUAUCAGAUAAAUGAAAAUGCAUUUCUUGGAAGACUGAUGUUUAUUG